AUGAAGAUCUCUUUCAUCCUCGCGUCUGUCAUCUUUGGUGCGGUGGUCUCCGCGACCCCCGUCGUCCAAGAGGCCGUCUGCGACGUUGACAGCCAAGUCCUUUCAGAGUCGUGGAUCGGCGCGGAGAAGAACGUCAAGGUGACCACCUUAUUCUGCCCCAGUCUCGCCAAGGUGGGUCGUAGUGUGCUGGAGGAGCGCCAGGCGGCCCCCGUGAAUGUUUGUGGUGCCACCUGCAAUACGAACUGCUUCUUGCCAGCAGGAGGUGGACCAGACCCGAAUGACUGCAAUGUCAUUGCUGAUGCCUUGCGUUACGAGAGCGAGAACACUGGUGCGAUAUUCCAGGUCAACAACACCGCAGGUGGGAACACGAUUGCAAUGCAAUACAGGAGCUGCAGAACGUUUUUCUUGAACCAAGAUCUUCAACCUCUUGCUUAUUGUCGCACUGACUGGGCCGCCUUGAUUGACUGGAUUGCGCCGAACUGUCAGGCGACGCAGAAUGCUCACGGCGGCAACUGUGUGGCCAGUGACCAGCGCUGGUUUGUGCAAGUCCAGCACGUUUGA